AUGGACUUUUUCAAGCUUAGCAGCGAGGCCUGCAGAGCUACGACCUCCGCGUGCUCUGACUGCAAGGAGAACGAUGAACUCCUGACCUCAGCGAUUGUUGAAAAGAUGGAGAUGGCGCACCUUGCAGAGCAUGACUUUGAGGUGGAGAGCCCAUCUUCGACCAAUCCAGGCGCGCUCUUCCGCAGGUUGCAGGCACCUGCCAUGCACUCUCGAGCCGCUAGUGAGCGCCCGCGCGGCGUUGAUGGUUUCAAGAUGCCGGGGCCCUGGCUGAGUGCAACAGGGGACCCCGAAGCGUGGCGUUCCCACACUCUCCAGUGCGGGGACUAUGUGGAGUUCGUCACGUAUGACACGGGCCGGGUGAAGCAAGGCACAGUCCUGGCCCGCAUCGACUCACUGACCGAACGAGGACCCCAAGGGCAAUGGACGGAAGCCACCUUCCUCGCAGUGAGCGAUGAACACCUUUCAUGGUGGUUGACGGAUGGACCGGGGGUGGUCCCGAUCGGGGACUUGGCCGACAAGAAGAUUGAAUGGGUCAGAAGAGGCCCUCACAAAAAGUAUGUCGAUGAAGAGGUCAAGCGUAUGGCAGGAGCACUCCCUACGGGGAAGGAUGCCGGAGAUCAAGCAGCCCACGGGCUAGGCUUUAAGGAGGCAGCCGGGUUGCCGCCAGCCGACGCCACAGCCGAGGAGGAUGCCCUGAAGGGGCUGGCUGAGCUUGAAGCUGAGCUCGGCACGCCGAAGGGUCAACGAAAGAGAAAGGACAAGAAAGAAAAGGCGUCGGGAGCGGCUGGACCCCUCAAGAGGGAGACCUCCAAAGACCGAACAAAGAAGAAGAAGAAAAGGAGAAAGGAGGAAAAGGCCGCCCACGGGCGAGCAGCGUCGGCUCCUGCAGAAUGGUUUGGGCAAGCGGCCCCGACAGACCCGCAGGAGGCCAGCUCUUCCGACAGCACGCCGGGGACCUCGACCACGGAGAAGGUGAAGAAGAAGAAGAGGAGAAAGGACCGUGAUCGGGCCAGGUCGGCCCAAGAUCGUGGCCCAUUCGGUUCGGGCCACAAGGUCGACUAUGGUGGUCUGGUGGUCGACAGCGAUUCCUCAGAUGACAGCCAGGGUUUUCGCGACGGCCUCCCCUCCGGGAAUGGAACCAGCCUCCAGCUGCAGCUUCAGGAGUACUCCAUGAAGAAGCCGGGGAGGUUGGCCGCCAGGUUGCUGCAGCGCAUGCAGUCGAUGGUGGCGAAGGAGGGGGGGCCGAUCAACACAACCCCGGGCACGAGCAGAACCCCGCCGGUGGCCACGAACUGGUUGCUGACAAUCCUGGAGCCCAAGCAACUGCCGAUCAGGCUGAUGAGGGAGAUGAAGACCUUGGCCACAGCCCUGGAUCAGGUCGCGGCCGGGAAGGCACACACCGCGGCCGACACGAUCGCCCAAAGGCUAAAAGCCUUGGAGUUGAGCCAGGCGGACAACUCCUGGAAUCGGGCUCAGUUCCUGGGAAAGGGACGAAGCCGUCCUGGCAUCGAAGUCAAGGAGGAGGUCCCAGACUACGACCCGGACGAUGUUAAGGAGGAGGAGCUGGAAGAUGCUCCCCAAAAGGAAGAGUUCGUGGGUAUGGUGUUGGACGGCCUGCUGGACUUUGACCUGGGAGACCUUGGGGAGAGCGACGACGAAGGCCUCCCCACGGGGAAGAGUGACACAGAGUACUGGUCCAACAUGUUCGACGGGCUGUCCAUGAAGGACUGGAGGCUCAAGGUUCGCAAUGUGCUGAACAAGAGGCCUCGGAUCGCCAGCCUCGGCAAGGUCUACAUGGACGCGAUCCUCUCGUUGAAGUCGGCCCUCGGCACCUUUGCCCGUGUGCACUCGAACCCGGAAAGGCUGCCCCCGGGCGACGAGCCCAACCCUUCCGAGGGCCGGCCUCCUUCGCAGAGGGAUGUCUUGCCUAUGCACCCGGCUUUGAUCAUUCCGGGUCCGGGCCGGGUCACGAAGGAGAAUGUUCACUGGAUCCGCGUGGUGAUCACCGUGCUGAACUACCUUUACUGCGCAGCAUGGGCGCAGCCGGUGUGCGUCCCCCUUCCGAGAACCUUCAGCAAUGCCCAGAUCGCCGUUGUCAACAGGGUGGCCGACCAGGUCACGAGGAUGAUAGGACGGGAGGGGACGGUGGGGCCGGCACCGGAGUCGGUGAAAAAGCUCAAGGCCAAGAAGUUCGACUACAAUGGCCAGCCGAUCGACCACAUGCAGGACUUAGUGGCAGAGCGCGUCAUCCCGGCCUGGCCAAGCGUGGGAACCGCAGCGGUUGUGAACCUGGAAGACUGCCUGCCCGCGGAUCUGAAGCAGGCGAUCCAAGACCCAACGGCCUACUUGUUGCCGGUGGCCGAACUCCCUGAUAGACACAGGGGGUCAAGGGUGCGUGCCACAGACGAGGAAUGGCACAAAAUUGUCAGGGCCGGUUACGACCGAGGCAUGUUCACUGCGGUUCGGGACGAGGACAUCCCUGUCGACAAGCGCGGGCACCUCAUCACCAACGGUGCGGGCGGCGUCCGGAAGACGAAGGAAAAGGACGGGAAAACCAUUGAGCUCCAAAGGUUUAUCUCGAUCCUCUGCCCGACCAACGACGCCAUGAGGUUGCUUCCUGGAGCCCAGGAUACGUUGCCAUACAUUUGGCAACUCCCAGCGGUUAUGGCCGAGAAGGAUUCGUACCUCGUUCUGGACAGCGAGGACCUCCAGUCAGCCUUUAACCUGUUCAGGAUGCCGCCGAGAUGGGCGGGCUUCUUUGCUUUCGCAAAGAAGGUCAGAGGGGAUGCCCUAGGCCUGUCUCGAGAUGUGGAGGUCCGCCCUGGCCUCACUGUUGUUUUGAUGGGGUGGACAUCGGCGGUCACGCUCAUCCAGGCGGCGAUCCGCUUCAUCUCCUAUGACAUUGGAAAGGUGCCGAGCCUGGGCGAUGUACGGCACCUCAAGAAAGAGAUUGCUGAAGGUGAGGAGAGAUCCUGGGGAAAGCGACACGCUUAUGAGAAGUCAAGGGAGCUCCUUGACCUCGGCCUGGGGCUGCUCUCCAUGGAGAUGGUGGAUGAGUUUUGCUUGAGGCACUGGACGGGCAAGGCGGCCUUUGCUGCUGCCUUCAAGAGGCCACUUUUCUCGAUCCUGCAGGAGGUCUAUUGCGUGAUGGAUUGGGCAAAGGAGGGAACGCAGAUUACCCCCAGCGCGCCGGUCAUCGAUGAGGUCCUUUGCUUCAGCGUCCUCCUCCCGCUGGCAGAAACUGACCUCUCGUCGCCCGUGUCGGAGGUGAUCAGUUGCACUGACGCUUCCCCGAGCGGAGGGGGGUGCUCUAUAGCGACCGGCUUCAAGGAUAAGUCGCUGCUACUUCCUCUGCCGGUCGAGGACCCAGGGACGUGUGGCCUGUGCCAGAAGGAGCUCGACAUGCCGGAGCGGAUGAUGCCGCCGGUGGUGGCAUGUCCCGAGGUUCGGGGAACGUUUCUCGGGUCCCAAUGGAUUACAAUGUUCCGGGGGACCGCUGGGACUUCAUUCAAGACCGAAGCGGGGAAGGCCAGGCUGGACGAGGAAGAGGAUGAUGGCGACCUGAUGUGGACGCACUGGGCCCCAGACCGGCACACCUUCUCCCGGCGCCAGGACAAUGUGGCCGUGAGACAAGCCAACGCCAUGGCGAAGCGAGCAGUGAGUGGACUGCUCCAGGCUCAUCGCCGCGGCCGCUUCGCCUCCUUGGAGAAUGGUUUUGGUCAACGUUUGCCCUCUGCUGCCAUGGUGGAGAAAGGGAAGAAUGGACCACGGUGGUGCACAACUCGCCGUCCCUCCACGCUGUUCUCCACAAGCCCCAGUGUGACCUCGAGUCACCUCGACCCGGAGAACAACGAUGACUACCCCUGGCUGUUCUGCCUGGUGUUUAUGGAGGGUGUCCAUGAUGAGCUCACUCAGCUUUACACUGUUCCCUUUGGGAACAAGGCUGAGACACUGGAAUCCCUCAUGUACCACCAGCUGAGAGGGGCAACCAGAGGCUUGGAGGACAGCCUGGCGGUGGACUGGGCCGUGACACAGUGUGUCAAGUUCCUCGACACGAUGGACUCGGGGCAAGAAGCCCAGCACCUGGCCUGGCUUCGGAGACACACCUACCACACGGGGUGUGACGUCCGGUUGACGGACAGAGGCACCGACGUGGUCGGAUGCCGGCCUGGCCCUUAUCCCGCUUUCAGGUGGCUGUGGCGGGACGUGCUUUCUUACAAAUGGAAGCAGCCGCAGCACAUCAAUGUGCUCGAGCUCACGGCCUUUUUGGCAGAGCUCAGAAGACGGUCCAGGGACCAGGCCCAGCACGGCAAACGCUUCUUCUGCGUCCUCGAUUCCCUCGUGACCUUCUACGUGUUGGGAAAAGGACCCUGA